CGUCAAAACGUCACUUCCGUAAAACGUUGCUAAGGACAUUGUCUAUGCGAUAUUUGCUGAAGACAAACCAAUUAUAUAUGUAAAGAAAUUACCACGAUUAGUAAUAUAUACUGAUUUAUGAUGUCGAAGCGUGAAACAGAGCCACAAUGAGCUCAACUAGAAGUGUUUACCCACCACGCUCCAGGAUUCCUAUCCCGGUGAAAAGCGUGAACACUUCAGCAAAGCCAGUUAGAACUGGAACAAAAUGCACGAGAACAGUCCGGUGUCCAAUGAAACCCACUCACGAUGAUAAAGGGUUAGGCCAUUCUUCAACCGGUAAGAAGGCGUUGAGUCCAAUAUAUUCGGAAUCCGAGACCAGUUCUCCUAACAGCGGAAAGGUUUGGAAGUCCAUCCCUUUGAGAAGUAAACAAAAUACCCCACGAUAUAAACCGUCUUUCACCGACAAGACCACUGAGUCGACACUCAUUGCAAAAACCGCACAUCAAAUGAAGUCUGAAACUAGCUUCAAGUCAUCGUUAGAGCCCAGAAGUUGUACUUCGACUCCUGCCAAAGUUGAGUUCGAAAUUAAAGUCAAUCCGAAAUAUGCACGACAAAAUAAAAGCCGGAUUGACCAAGAGAUCAAUAAAGACGGUGACAGCCAUAAAAGGACUGUAGCAACAGUUCAGCACAUGAUUGAAAAUGUCCUUACAAGCUUAAAAAGUGGCAAACAUUUCGCCAAAGUCGACAUUUCUAUCGAAUUAAAGCCUGAAUCAUUAGGAAGUGAACGAUCACUGCCCUGCACCGAGCGUCGCCUUCCGGUGCCCGUUGAGAUCACGGACAUCAGUGGAAUAGAUCUCGACUUAAAAGCAUGCACGCCGAGAUUUCUCAACAUCAGCUGCGAUAACCAUGCCGACAAUGCUAUUCAAUACGCCCGGAGUUCCAUGGGACCUUUACAUGGUAUGCAAGGGAUCGCAUUUACCUCGCGUGGUUCCCGAUUUACCCCUUUGAUGGGGUCCACACCACGGGUCGACGAACUCAUAUAUGGCCCCUGUGACACCAUUACAAAACAUGGCGGUGGGAAUUGGAUAGAGGCGGAAAUUGUUAGUCCAGGACAAAGACAGCUAUUGCAAGAACAUGCCGUAGCUAUUCACAAACGGCCUGAUGACGUGCCUCGGUUGAGUAUAGUAGUUUCUCCGGUAGGCAGAAAUGAAAACAGAUGUAUUGAAGUGUUAGAUGAUAGCACUGAUCUUUCCACUGACAGGUCAGUGAAUCUGCAUCGUUCAAGAGAUAAUUUCGGACAGGAUUGUCCGAGGCCAAUGACACAAGUCAGACCGCCAUUUGUGCCACCUUUGAAUUUGACAGCUUUGGAGGGGUAUGAACUUCAUUCGAAAAAGAAAUGUGCGGCCACUUUCCGUGCGUCUGAUUCAAAGUCAAAGAAGAACGCUGGGACUGUUCCGGUCUGCCAGAUGGAUUCAACACUGAAUAAAGACACAGGACAAGGGAAGGGAUGUCGGCCAAGUAAUAAACUUGGAAUGAAGAAAGAAUUAAUCAAACGGGAUGCAGGACAGUUGUAUACGUUCAAUCCUCGAGACCUCAUAUUCUUCAUCGAGGAUUACACCAGGAGACCGGAGGAUAGCAACAGAUUCCGCGAAAGAGCCCUAAUGGUUUGCAGCGAAUCGCUGACGAAACACGUUGUCAUGACAGCGCUUCGAGAACUGCGCCUAGAACAACACAAAGCGCUAUCCCAUUUACACGGUCACAAUAUUCGCUCUCUGCCCACCCUUAUUCCUUACCCAAUCAUUCGACCGUACGGCUCAACAGUUCGUGACGAGAUAAGAUUCACAUUUUUUGACACUAGCCCACCAAAACUUGUUCAAAGAACCGACUAUGAUCGCAAUAGCUUGCUGCCAAGAAACGAGAGAUACCCGUCUUCUGAAAGCGGACUGAAACGGAGCAAAGAAGCGGUACUGGCCUAUAAAAGCCGUUUUAAAAUUGGGUUCGGUUUUGUGCCACCAAAAGUGAGAUUUGUGACUUCGAAAACGCUUUCGACUUCUGCAGAUGAGACCAAUACUGGUCUGCAAGCUAGAAAAAGACCAAAGAAAAUAUCAAAGCAAACUAUAAACGUUGCUGUGAAAAUCCCUCAAACCAGGAUUCAAAAUUACAGUAAAUACAGGCAUGUAAAAUCCAAGACAAACACCGGCCUACGACAAGGGGAUGCUUUAGGUAGUCCUUCAUUCGGGAUCUACAGAAGAUCUGAAACCGUCUCGAGAGGAAACACAAAUGCGAACGCAAACGUAGGUUGUUAUGAAAGCCAUCGUGAACAGAAAUUACCUGAAGUGGCGACAGCUGUAGCCGCGAAACGUCAUGGACAACGCACACACGGACAGAAGCACGUGCAACUAAAGGACGUGUGCAGUUGGACUUUUUUGAAGCCGAAUCCAUUUAACAAGCUUGUGCCGUUACCAGAUAUCGGACGAAAACUUCACGGCCAGCUGUUUUGCAUUGACACGCCCAGAUAGUAACUCUAAGACUAUAUUUAACUCACUUACUUUAAAUGUUAUUAUUCAUAUUAUUUGUAUGAAUAAAAUGCUAUGGAAAACUG